AUGGAGGAAAUGCUCGAGAGGUAUAUCACGGCUGUGAAGUCGGACAAGUCCAAGAGACAACAAGCCAAAGUCCUCAAGGAUCAAGUUGAAGAUCGAAAGAAGCAGUAUAAAUCUAACGAGGCUUUUAGCCCCGAGGAUAUGGAAGGUGGGAGUGAGCAUGGAGAUGAAGGCGAGGAGUCGGCGGAUGAGGAAUUUGGCUUGAUUGGAGAUGAAUGA